CUCCUUUACUCUCUCUUUUAUUCUCUCUCUCGCACACUCACUCCUCUCCAGUCAAACCAACAGUCAGACGGGAGCACACACACAGCCACACAUGCACAGGAUGCAAACAGAGUGCAGCCCAGGACCAAGAUAGACAACCGAGAGAGAGAGAGAGAGAGAGAGAGAGAGAGAGAGAGAGAGAGAGAGAGAGAGAGAGAGAGAGAGAGAAAUCCUCUUCUCUACCACUGAGUUUAGUGUGAGGAGGUUCAAGCAAUUUAUUCUGACUGAGUGGACUGUAUUUCAUACCAUGGGAGGACAAACUGAAAUAGAAGAAGAAACCAACAAACACUAUCUGUAAAGGACCACAUUUCAUACUGGAUUAUUGGGCUUUCCUCUCUCAAUCUUUGGCAUGGUGAUGUCCUAGAUUACCAGCACUGAAUUGAAGAGGCUGCUUGUUCUGGACCACAGUGGACUUUGCGGGUCUUUCUCUGAGUGUGAGUGAGUGUGUGUGUGUGUGAGCAGGAUCAUGUCAAAAGGACAUUUCACUCUCCUGUUGAGGGGACUUUGGGUACUGUGGCUGUGGCAAGCUGAUCUUGUGUCGGGUAGUAAGCUCUGGGAGGUACCCAUAGCCCUCUUUGGAUCUUUCUCCAACCACACGACUAGCCUGGAAUGGGAGCCACAGUGUCAGUAUCCCCACCUGCAGGACGGCAUCAGAAUCACAGCCGACAUUCCCCCAAGACUGGAGGGCAGCUGGGUGUCAACAAGAUGCGAAGUUCGGCCUGGCCCUGAGUUCCUGACCCGUUCCUACACCUUCUACCCAAGCCACCUGUUCAAAGCCCUGCAACACUACUACACUGACAGUGGGUGCGAGGAGCCCGCAUACUCUCUGGUGGUCCGGGGCAAGCUCCGUCUGCGCCAGGCUUCCUGGAUCACCCGUGGUGCCACCAAGACGGAGCACCACCUCCACAAAGUGGGCAUUGUCAUCCACAGCCCAGGCGCAAUGCACCAGCUGGCAGCCCGUCUACCCUCCGUGUGUGUGGGCCUCACCUUGGGUGGUAUGGUGCCCGGGCGCCUGUACGAGCUGUACAAUGCCCGGGCAGGGAGGGACUGUCUGGGUGCCUCGGGGUACUCGAUGAUGGAGUUGGGCUUGGUGAGAGUGGAGACCCAGCAUCAGCCCCAUGGAGGUCUGGUUCAGGAGCUCUUCCUUGGGGACGUGCACACAGACUGGACCCAGAGGACAUACUAUCGACCAAUGGGCUACCAACAGCCACUGCAGAAUGCUAUGCACCACAUCCACCCCUGCCCAGCGUGCGCCUUGCUGUUCCGGGCCUCAGAACAGCGCCCCCCCGUGUUACCCCAUGUCCCUGCAGCAACGCCUCUGUCCUUGGACGGCCGAUGGGUGAGCCAACGUUGCGAAGCCCGGCCCGCCGUCCUCUUCCUCACCCGAGACUUCACCUUCCGCCCAGAUGAGCAUUCCUGGGAAGGCCUCUACCGCCACUACUCGGAACCCACUUGCAGCCAGCCCACCUUCACCCUGCGGGCUUCAGGCCACUACGCCCAGGGAGGCCCCUCAGCCAAAGUGGCGGGAGGGACUGAGUUCGUCUUCAAGGUAACCCGGGCCAGAGUCACCGUUCUGGAAGGGGCCACGGCCAGGGUGCUCAACGAGACUAGGCGGGGCAGCUGCGGGAAGGCGGGGGGGUGGGAGGUGGGAGUGGAGCAGGACGUGACCCCCACGGAUGGGUGUACUGUCCUGGGGAUCAAGCUGCCGCACAAGGAGUAUGAGCUGGUCAAGACGGAGCUGGACCAUCGACGGCGCACUCUGCUGUUCAUCGGGGAGAGGCCGACGGAUGGCUCCAGCCCUGACCGGCCCCAGAAGAGGCCCACGUCUUACCAGGCCGCCCUGGUGCAUUGUUGCGAGGAAGACACCCCCACGUCGCAACGCCACACCAACCAGCUCAAGCUAGCAGCUAGUGGAACCAAUAACCUACCACGGCUCCCUUUCUUUGUCCUAGUACUGGUCUCUUUACUGUGGGGUUGGUACUGUGUGUUCUAGAGACAAACUCAACAUUGGAGAAGAACACACAAAUGAUGGUGGAGCUGCUCGUGGUCUAUAAGGAAACUCCAUGUGCUCCUCCUCAAUAUCAAGAUAAUGCCAGACCACAUAAUAGAUGGCCAAAGCCAUCUUCAAGAAAACUGUACAUAGACUGUCAGUGUAUCCAUGUUGCAUAUCUAUCAUAUUAUAUGUGUCUCAUUUUGUUUUCUUUUAAACCGGAGAUGCCUUUUGGCAAAUGUUUAAGUCACAUAAGCGUUCCUUUUCUAAAGAGUGGCAUAUUCAGACUUAGGAAAGGCGUGCGUUUCUUAUGUACUUCUCAGUAUUUGGUAUUCAGACUUACCUUAUUCCGUCACGUAACGCUCUCUGCAGGUGUGGCUACCUUCUGCGCUCCCAAUAAAUGUAAUUAAUCAAAUGAAAACCCUCCCCACUUACUGGCCAACAGAUUUUCUCAUGGAAUUUUCAUUCAAUAGGGUUUUCACAUAGAGAAUGAUAGAGGCUUCUAGCUGCCAAAAGGCCAUAUAAGCAUGGGCAGCACCAUUGAGGGCUUCCACCAUUUUAAUGUAGUCAACUUGGUGGGACUUCCAACUUCAUUGGCUGAUCCCUCCUGAUGACCCUGUUAGAGUUAUGUCCAACCAGGUCAUCAGGAGGGAUCAGCCAAUCAUAAAGAAGAAAAUAGACUACUUCAAAACGGAGAUGGAGCCGCCCAUGCUCAAAUCAAAUCCAAUUUGAUUUGUCGCAUACACAUGGUUAGCAGAUGUUAAUGCGAGUGUAGCGAAAUGCUUGUAAAACAUGCUAUCACAGACACUAUGAUGGCACAGAUAAAAAGAUGAGUUGUCUAUCUAUCUCUAUGGGAUUUCAGUACAUUUAUGUUAAGCCAUUCCCAGGGUUGGAGAGUAAUGGAUUACAUGGGGAUUACUAAAAACGAUAACUGUAAUCCAUUACGUUACCAUUAAAAAAUAUUGUAAUCAGAUUACAGAUACUUUUGAAAAACUAGAUGAUUACUUCGAGGAUUACUUUUAAAUUCAGAAAUUAUGUUUGCGGAAAAAAUCUUUGACACUCAUCUGUUCGCUCAAUGACAUUCAAAUCAGCAUUGAGAAAAGGCACUAGUUUAGAUUUGUUCCACCUGAGCGAGUCUGACCACAAGUCAGAGACCACUAUGAUGACACACCAAACGUAUUUGAUGGAUGGCGGGAUAAGAGAAGGAAUAGGCUUUUGUAGGCUACAGUCCAAGCUAUGUCUUACAAUGGUUUGACUGCUGUCGGCAUCUAAAGAUUAUCCAACUUGAAAAAAAUGCUUGGAGGUAAGGAUGACAGCAGUGGUUUAGUCUACGGCGAUACGAAUAUAACUUAUUAUUGAUAUCUACAUAAUGCAUUGAUGUGAAUAACAACUGCUGCUCUCUCAUUUAGCUAUUGGCGCCGUACGGAUUGUGGUUGUUGUGGAUGGCUGUUCACAAAUCUAAAUGUGUAUUUGAACCCAAUAAUGGUUGAAUUCUAGAAGUUUAAGCUGCCUAUCAAUCAUUGUUUUUGAAACCAGUGGACAGCCAGUAAAAAAUGUGCUUGAGCAGCAGCUGCACAGUGCAGAUCCAAGCCUAUGUAAUACAAGUGGGGCUUUUUUUCUUCAGUAGUGCAAAGCAUGCCAUUCCAUGAGCGCUGCAUUUAUUUUUCAACUCGAAUCAAUGAGCCCAAUCAGUCCUCCAUGGAUGUCAUAAGGUGAAUGCACCAAUUUGUAAGUCGCUCUGGAUAAGAGCGUCUGCUAAAUGACUUAAAUGUAAAUGUAAAUGUAAAUGUAAAAGAAAAUCAUAAACAACAGUGUUGAGCUAGCUAAUAAAUCCUUAGUUUUGGGGUCAUGCUCAGGUAAAACAAUUUGGCUAAUCUAGAUUUCCAUAUUUUCAAGUCCUAUUCUUGAAGAUUAAUUAAGUAUAACACUUAUUGGAAUAACUUUUUAAUGUAAAUAUUUAAUCAUAUUAUUUAUUAUAUGUAGUAGAAAGCGAUGGGUUAUAAGAAACCUACAUAACCAACCCAUAAAGUAAAAUGUAACAUUCAUAUAUGGCCAGCUAUGUAAACUUUAACAUUGAUUUAUCCUGCAAAAGAUGUCGUUCAAUUGGUAUCAUACAUUUUUGUCUUCUUCAAAUGCCUCUUAAGGGGAAAGUGAUCUAAAAGUAACACUGUUUGAGUUUGGGUAAUCCAAAAGUUAUGUUACUGAUUUACAAAUUUGGAUAGAUAACUAGUAACAGUAAUGGAUUACAAUUAGAAAGUAACCUACCCAACCCUGGCCAUCCCUUUAAAUAGGGUGUACCUUUUAGUUAGAAUUUUGUCAACAGAACAUAUUGCGAGAACGGGCUCUGAAUAUUAGUGAUCAAUGAGAAAGCCAUCUAAAUACAUGCAUAUUCAUAUCCGUUUCAGCAGCAAUUGGUAGACUGAAAAUAUUCUGAUUUUGUAGAUUAUUUAGGUUUAGGAAAUAAUCUAUGAAUAAAAAAAAAACAGGUUUGGAGAGCCUUUAUGCACAAAAUACAGUACCAGUCAAAAGUUACUUGGAAGAAUAUAAAAUAUAUUUUGAUUUGUUUAACACUUUUUUCAUUACUACAUGACU